AUGGCCACACAUCCGGAAAAUGCGCAAAACUCACCCAUGGGGGGUCAUGCAAGAGAGCCCGUGCAAGAAAACAAUGCGCAACCACGGACUGUGAACGGCCUUCCGGUCCCGGUGCGAGUACGCGCCAUUGAUGAUCAGGGAUAUGAAUUCACAAAACACGCAUUACGGUUUCGAGGAGAAGACUGGGACAUUGUACUCAACUCCAAGCGUGACGAACUUAGAAUUGCAUUUACGACAGAGGCGGCAGAGGCUACAGCGGAGCCGGAAAGCAAUAUUGUAAACAUCCGCUUUUUUGUGGAUGAGUCUGGUCGACUUAUCGUGAAGUUCAGCGUGCGUCACAAGGCACAAACAUCGGGCUCCGCCGUGCAAGAUCGUCUUGCAACAUACCCGUACAAGGCAGUGAUGGCCUUGUACAAACCCCGUGUGAAGAAACCAAGAAAGUGUACCAGCCGUUGGUCUUCCUCAUUUACAGGCUCGUUUGCUCGACAACGGCGGCCACAACCAUCAGUCAGCUGCUAUGGACACGCAGCGGCAGAUGUUGGCCCCAACGGACUGGAGUUUCGCGAUAAGAAGGAGAUUGAAGAAAUGCUGCCGAUUCCUCCAGAAAAGAUAGCUGAACCCCCAAUAACAACCAUCAUCGCCUAA